GGCUUCCCAUGCGGGCGGCGCGGGCCUGGGAGGGGCGCCCGGAGCCAGCCGCGCAGCAUGCACUGGGGGGUUGGCUUUGCUUCGUCCAGGCCGUGCGUGGUGGAUCUGAGCUGGAACCAGAGUGUCUCCUUCUUCGGCUGGUGGGCCGGGUCCGAGGAGCCCUUCUCUUUUUAUGGGGACAUCAUCGCUUUCCCUUUGCAGGAUUACGGUGGGAUCAUGGCAGGGCUGGGCUCUGAUCCCUGGUGGAAGAAAACCCUUUACUUGACUGGGGGAGCUUUGCUGGCCGCAGCAGCGUAUCUGCUCCACGAACUGCUGGUCAUUAGGAAACAGCAAGAGCUUGACUCCAAAGAUGCUAUUAUUUUGCAUCAGUUUGCAAGACCUAACAAUGGUGUUCCCAGUUUGUCUCCUUUCUGUUUGAAAAUGGAAACUUAUUUAAGGAUGGCUGACUUACCAUACCAGAACUAUUUUGGUGGAAAACUCUCUGCUCAAGGGAAAAUGCCUUGGAUUGAAUAUAAUAAUGAAAAAGUUUCUGGCACAGAAUUCAUAAUUGACUUUCUGGAAGAGAAACUUGGAGUGAAUUUAAACAAAAACCUUGGCCCUCAUGAAAGAGCUGUGUCGCGAGCGGUGACGAAGCUGGUGGAGGAGCACUUUUACUGGACGCUAGCUUAUUGCCAAUGGGUGGACAAUCUCAAUGAGACCCGGAAGAUGCUCUCUCUUAGCGGUGGUGGUCCCUUCAGUAACCUGCUGAGGUGGGUCGUGUGCCACAUAACCAAAGGAAUUGUGAAGCGGGAGAUGCACGGCCACGGCAUUGGCCGCUUCUCAGAGGAGGAGAUUUACAGGCUGAUGGAGAAGGACAUGCGGUCGUUAGCUGGGCUUCUGGGUGACAAGAAAUAUAUCAUGGGUCCCAAACUUUCCACUCUGGAUGCCACUGUCUUUGGGCACUUGGCACAGGCCAUGUGGACCUUGCCAGGGACAAGGCCUGAACGGCUGAUUAAAGGGGAGCUGAUCAACCUGGCCAUGUACUGUGAGAGGAUAAGGAGGAAAUUCUGGCCGGAGUGGCACCAUGAUGAUGACAACACCAUCUACGAAUCGGAGGAGAGCAGUGAAGGCAGCAAAACCCACACCCCACUGCUGGACUUCAGCCUUUACUCAAGGACAGAGACCUUUGAAGACGAGGGGGCAGAAAACAGCUUCUCUAGAACCCCAGACACGGAUUUCACAGGACACUCCCUCUUUGAUUCUGACGUGGACAUGGACGACUACACAGAACAUGAACAAUGCAAGUGACGCUGGCCCGGUGGCCCUCUGCCUUCUUGGCUGCCACUGCCUCGUGGGUUGGUCCAGUUCCUCAGAUCGUAAUCCAUGCAACCUGAGAGGAGAGGAGGAGAUCUUUGUGCUUGGCCCAGUUUUUACAUGCUAACUGGACAAUAGCCGCCUUAGUUCUUUCUUUCUUUUUUGUUUUUGUACCAACAAAACACAGAACCAUUCAGAUGGCUGCAUUAAAAACAAACAGGCAAACAAAAA